UGGGGUGUCUUGGAAUUUGUUAACCUUUCCUUGCAAAUCAAGCAGUCUCAACAAGAUUUCUCUCUUAGGCUACAGGAUGGAAUCCGGCGUGGUCGACCCAGAGCAGAUACUGUCCGGGAUUUAAUAAAUGAAGGAGAGCAUUCGUCCAGCAGAAUUCGUUGUAACAUCUGUAACAGGGUGUUUCCACGGGAGAAAUCGCUCCAGGCUCACAAAAGGACUCACACAGGUGAGAGACCCUACCUGUGUGACUAUCCAGACUGUGGCAAAGCCUUUGUUCAAAGCGGACAGCUCAAAACGCACCAGCGCCUUCACACGGGAGAGAAACCUUUUGUUUGUUCAGAAAAUGGCUGCCUGAGCAGAUUCACCCACGCGAACCGCCACUGCCCCAAGCACCCUUACGCCAGGCUGAAGCGGGAGGAGCCCACCGACGCUCUCAGCAAGCACCAGGCGGUGGACAACCAGGCUGCUGCCGAGUGGUUGGCAAAGUAUUGGGAAACAAAAGAGCAGCGCACCCCCACCUUGAAGGGAAAGCUCGCGCAGAAGGCGGACCAGGAGCAGCAGGACCCUCUGGAAUACCUGCAGUCGGACGAGGAGGACGACGAGAAGAGCGGGGCCCAACGGCGGCUGCAGGAGCAGCGCGAGCGCCUGCACGGAGCCCUGGCGCUCAUCGAGCUCGCCAACCUGACCGGCGCGCCGCUCCGCCAGUAGCCUGCACACUGACUCCCACUGUACAAAAGUACUGCCCAGCAUACUUCAAAAGUAGAUCCUUGGGCAUAAGCUAAGCACCUUAUUUGCUUACCAUAGGCUGCUAUUCUGUAGAAAUUGAUGAAGAAUGUUAUUGCCCCAAAAUAUGGGGUGAGAGAGAAUUGCACUUUUUUUAUAUGGUAAUGGAUUGUUGUAAAGUUUAAAAUAUUUUGUAAAUAUGGGACUUCUAGUACAGGGUAGGAAACUACGUAUUGUGGGAAGCUAGAUUUUGCAAGUUUAAUGCAUUCAUUGGAAGCAGUUUUCACAGGAAGCACUUUCAGAAUAAGACACUUUUAGGGAAAAAAAACGAAAGUAGAAUCGGACAUGUAGCCAAAGAAGGUUAGGAGAGAUUAUUUAUAAGAUCAUUUUUAACAAUUUGUACUAGUACGUUUAACAAUACUGUCAACACUGAAGUAAGUGAGAAAGUGGAAGAUGUGUGAAAGAUGUUUUUAAAUUGCAAAAUAGUGUGACUAAUAAGACUAGAGAAAUGGAAAACUGCCUAUUUCAGAAGAUGUCCUAAGUUACGGAUUUUGAAAGAAAAGUAGAUAUUUGAGGAUCUUGGUAAGAUGCAUAAUAGUUCAGAAUUUUUAAAAUUGGAGUAAAAUUGGUCUUAUUCUAUCUUUCUGAGGCUUUACAACUUACUAUGAUGUUUAGUUUUGAAAAGCACUUGUUAUCCCUCUCUUAACUUGGGAACUUUUGCACAUUUCAUAUUUCUCAUUUGCUGAAAUUGAGUGGUUAAUCUUGCAAAGUCUAGGUAACCUGGUAAUUUUUUUUUUUUAAAUAUGGGCCCUGUACUGAGAUUUGGCACUUGGAUUUUUAUUAAUAAAAGGGACAUCUACAGGGUUGUUUUGUAGUGAACUGUUUUAGAUCUUUUGUUAGCAAACACUAAAUUUCAAUUGUACUGCUUGUUUAGAAUUAGCAAAUGAAAGCUGCCUAUUUAUAUUUUCAGUGCAUAAAGCCACCUUCUUGCUUUUCAGAAUAACAUGCCAAACUAUUUUGUGCUCACUAAAUUCAACUAUCAGUUAAACACUGCAGAAAAGAUUAGCUACUCAAAUAAGUAGGCUUCUGGGAUAGUUUUAACUGCAUGUGUGUUAACUUGUGUGGUGGUUUUAAACCAUUUUUUCCAAAUAGAUGCCAU